CAUAGAAUGACAGAACAAGAAAACAAGAAGUAAUCAUUUCAUGAUUUCGAAAAAUAGUGACAUUUUUGACAAGGAACGGAACAAGAACCGUUGAAAUUCAAAUUAUUCAUAUAAAACGUCAGUGAAAAACACAGACUUUCUGAGCUUCGUAUAUUAAAAUAUAGUUGUGAAAAAAGUAAAAGUUAAAAGUAAUUGCUUUGUGAUAAAAAGCGGUCAGCCAUUAGGAUAUUUUUAAACAUACUGCUCUAAUAUGGAUAAUAUCGAAGACCUUACAAAGAAAUAUUUGAAACUCAAAGAAGAAAAUGAAAAUACCAAACAAGAAUUGCACGAGUGCAAAAGAAAUCUCAAAAUUAUGCAUUCCACCCAACAAGAUUACAAAAAUGAAGUUGAUAUGCUUCAAUCGGAAGAAAUUAAACAGAAGCAAAAAUAUCAGGAAAUUAUCAGACAGCUUGAACAAAACAUUAAUGAUGUGAGAUCUAAACAUAGCGAAGAAAUACAAAGUCUUGAAGACACGAUUGUGAAAAUGGAAGAAAAAAUCGAUAAGUUAAAGUCGGAGUUAUACGUUUUUAAGGAUGCCAACAUUACUCAUUUUCGAGGAGAUACCAGCAGUUUAAUACAAGAGAUUUUAUCUGAGCCACCAGAAUUUUACGAGAAUCAAGAAUUAAGAGUAAAAUUACAGGAAGUAACGGAUGCCAACAAGGCGUUAGAAGAGAAAGUACAGGAAUAUGGCAGAGAAUUGGAAAAUUUACAAGAAAGUUAUGAAGACAAAAAAUCUCUAUUAAAUGAAGCAAAUGAAAACAAUGUAUUUUUAGUUGAUGAAAAUGCAAUUCUUAAAAGUGAAUUAGAUAUAUUAAAAAGCAAACCUCUCAAUGAAGACAGCAAAGGAAAUUCACUAUUCGCAGAAGUUAAUGAUAGGAGGGUUUACUUGCAAGAUCAAAUUAAUAAAAUGAAACCAACUUUUGUGGCAAUGGCACAAGAAAAAGCACAACUUCAAAACAUUGUUCAUCACCUCAAAAUAGAAAAUUUAAGACUAUUAGACAAGUGGAGUGCUGAUAUUGACGAAAUUGAUGAUGAUGCAGCUGAAAUUCAAAGCUCUUUAAGGUCAAGAAAUAACGUUUUGGAAAAAUUAAAUGAACAAUAUGUAAGAGAAUUGGCAGAGAAACAAUGGAUUGUUAGCAAAAUUGGUGCUCAGGAAAUAGAAUUUUUUGAAAAGAUGUUAAAUGAUAAAAAGACUGAAAUCAAAUUUUUGAGAGAAGAAGUACUAAACAAAACUUUAGCCCAAAUGUCAUUUGCUAAAGAAUUGACAGAAGCAAGGAGGGAAAAGAGGAAAUGGAGGCUGGAAGCUAUGAUGAAACAGCACGAGCUAGAGCUCCUCCAAAGAACAGAACAAACAUAUAGCAGUAAUAAAAACAAGGAAAAAACUGAUAUGGAUAUCGAAGAUGUAGAUCAGAAUUACAUAUAUAAAAGAGAUAGUAAAAUGCCAAAAGAAAGGUUAUCUGAUGUUAAAGAGGAAGAGCAGUAUGAUAUUGAAAACUUAGAUUGUCAAUCAGAGGUUUUAAAUGCAACUGUAGAUAAUUAUCUGAAAAGAAAUACGGGCCUCGAAAAUCCUAAAGUGUCCAAUAUUUCUAAAGCAAAGGAUAGCAUGUUGGUGAGAAAAGAGAGUAACUGUAUUAAUGUUGACAAGGAAAAUAUGUCAGAUCAGUCAAGGAAAGUGACUUUUGCCAAUGAUACUAUAUCUCCUAAAGUAACUGCUAGAAGAAAUUACAGUGUCAUAUCUAGACCCUCAGUGGAGUUGUGAAUAUUUAAGAUAUUGUUUUUAAAUUAUUAUUAAAUGUUUGAAUAUCAAAAAG